AUGGCCAACGCAGCAUCUGGUAUGGCUGUGCAUGAUGAUUGCAAAUUGAAGUUUUUGGAGCUUAAGGCCAAGAGGACCUACCGCUCAAUUGUUUUCAAGAUUGAGGAGAAGCAAAAGCAAGUUGUGGUGGAAUCUGUUGGUGAACCAACAGAGACCUAUGAGCAGUUCGCCGGAAAACUUCCUGCUGAUGAAUGCCGUUAUGCUGUUUUCGAUUUUGAUUUCCUUACACCAGAAGGUGUCCAGAAGAGCCGCAUAUUCUUCAUUGCAUGGUCUCCUGAUACAUCAAGGGUGAGAAGCAAGAUGAUCUAUGCAAGCUCGAAAGACAGAUUUAAGAGAGAGCUUGAUGGAAUCCAGGUUGAAUUGCAAGCGACUGAUCCGACUGAGAUUGGUCUUGAUGUCAUUAAAAGCCGUGCCAGCUAG